AUGUCCACUAUCACUGUUACCGGCGCCGCUGGCCGCCAAAUUACCGUCCCCACCGGCCUCUUCAUCCACAACGAAUUCACCCCCUCCUCCUCCAACGAGACCCUCACCGUCGAGAACCCAACAACAGGAAACACCCUCGGCACCAUCUCCGCCGCCACCGCCGCCGAUGUCGAUCGCGCCGUAACCUCAGCCACCACCGGCUUCCAGACCUGGAGGACCACCCCCGGCCCGGAGCGCGGCCGACUCCUCCUCAAGCUUGCCGACCUGAUCGAGCGUGAUGCCGAGGAGUUCGCCAGUCUCGAGGCUGUCGAUGCAGGGAUCCUCUACACCGAUAGCAUGGGGAUGAACAUCCCCCAGGCAGUUGCAAACCUGCGGUACUACGCCGGCUGGGCCGACAAGAUCGACGGGAAGACACUUGAGAUUCCAGGCGGCGUGGGGUACACUUUCCGCGAGCCGCUGGGUGUCUGCGCGGCCAUUGUCCCGUGGAAUGCCCCAUUGAUGAUCACAAUCUGGAAGCUCGCCCCGGCACUAGCAACCGGCAACUCCCUCAUCAUCAAAACCUCCGAAAACUCCCCUCUCUACGGACAGAAGCUCGCCCAACUCAUCAUCGAAGCCGGCUUCCCCGCCGGCGUAGUCAACAUCCUCGCUGGCCUGGGCUCACCCGCAGGCCAGAGCCUAGCCGAGCACCCCACCAUCCGCAAGGUCUCCUUCACGGGCUCCAGCGCUACGGGCCGCAAGAUCCUCUCCGCAGCAGCCAAGACGAACCUGAAAAAGGUCUCGCUCGAGCUAGGCGGCAAGGGGCCCUCCAUCGUGUUCGACGACUGCGAUCUGGACAACGCGCUCCUCUGGACGCGGAUCGGGAUUACCGCGAAUAACGGGCAAAUUUGCGCGGCCGGGUCGCGCAUCUACGUCCAGGAUACGAUCUACGACAAGUUCCUCGAGGCGUAUGUGCGUGCAUCAAAAGAGAACCCCGGUGUCGCUGGUGAUCCGCUGGACCCCGCGACGACCAAGGGGCCGAUUGUCAAUGGGGCGCAGCAUCAGAGGAUCCUGGGGUAUAUUGCGCAGGGCAAGGAGGCCGGGGCGAAGCUGCUGUUUGGAGGGGAGAAGGUCGGCGAGAAAGGGUAUUUUGUGGAGAAUACCGCGUUUGCGGAUGUGGCUGAGGAUGCGGCCAUUAUGAAGGAGGAGAUUUUCGGGCCGGUGGCGAGUAUCGCCAAGUUCUCGUCUGAAGAGGAAGUCAUCCGCAAGGCGAACGAUACCCUGCACGGCCUCAGCGCGGCGAUUUUCACCAACAACUUGAACCGCGCGCACCGGGUGAGCAGAGCGCUGGAGUCGGGCCAGGUGACGGUCAACGCGUGGGCGAUGCUCAGCGCGAACGCGCCGUUUGGUGGCGUCAAGGAGAGCGGAUUCGGCAGGGAUAUGGGCGAGGAGGCGCUGGAGGGGUGGACUUCUGUCAAGACGGUCAAGUAUAUGAUUAUGUAG